AUGAUCUCACUACUACUAUUGUUGUGUUGUUUAAAAAGCAGUCUAGUGCUGGGUGGGAAGGCAAACUAUACUGCGCAACAGAUCAGUCAUAUACAUUCAGUAUUAAUACAUAGUUUAGAACAGCAUGAACAACGUGAGUUAUUUUUUUUUUAAUUUUUAAGUUAAUUUUAAAAUAAUUUUAACAUUUUUUUAAUAAAAUUAAUUUCAGAUCUUAACCAUCCUCUGGUGGAAAAUGAGAUUUUCUGUAAAUGUAACGUAGAUGAUUGUGAUAGUGAACUUGUUCAAAUAGUCGGCGAAACGGCUAGAGGGAUGUGUCGAGCUCGUCGUGGAGUUUGCAGACAAAGUGUAGUAUACAUGACAAAUGGCAAUGCAAAAGCGACCUUAGAGUAAGUGUUUCUAUCGUAUUUCAUAUUCAAAUUUUAGUUGCAUAGCACCUAUGGACUUGUCACCACCUGAAAAGCCGUUCGUAUGUCAAAAUAUGAAAGGAGCUGGCAGCAAAGACUUUGUUUUGUGUUGCAACGAAACUUCGUUUUGUAAUGAUUAUGAUGUAAGUACUUCUUUUACUACACCCUUCAUAUUCAACUCAACUAAUCGUGCAUUUUAAAUUAUUUAAAAAGCAUUUUUAUAUAAUUUUAAUGUAUAAAAAGUUCAUUAGUUGUACUUACAAUGUCUAUUUCAGGUACCGGUACCUAAAAUGCCUCAGGUCACAACGAAGAGUUGGCCAUGGUUGAUUGUGAUAUUCAUUGUUGCUUGUGUAUUUUCGUUUGCUGGUCUUGUUGUUGGUAUUUUCUGGUUCAGAAGCCCUCACUCCAAGGAAUGUAUGCAAGCCUUCCUUACCUGUUUCCCAGGAGCCCAAUCUACUAUGUCUUAUUACUCAGCGUAAGUUAACAUCAAAGGAAAUUAAUCUAUUUAAAAAGUUUACUAGUUAAAGUAAGCAUUGUUCACAUAUAUGUAAAUAGUAUAAUUUAAAAAUUUUAAAAUUUUAGAAACAGUGGCUUGAACAAGUUGCUAGAUGACAUCGAAUCCCAAACCAAACCACACAAUGAUGGUGGUGAGACUGGUAACAAUGUUUUGGUCCGCCGAACCAUAGCCAGACAAAUUCAACUGGUCGAGUCGUUGGCUCGAGGUCGCUAUGGAGAUGUCUGGCUAGGCGAUUGGAAGGGCGAGAAAGUGGCGGUCAAGAUCUUCCAGGCCAGAGAUGAGCAUUCAUGGCACAGAGAGACAGAAAUAUACUCCACCAACAUGUUGCGUCAUAAUAACUUGUUACGAUGGAUUGCCUCUGACAACAAAGACACAGGCGCAUCAACACAGUUAUGGCUAAUUACUGAAUACAUGCGACAAGGCUCUUUGUACGACUAUUUGGAGAAGAACGCUGUAUCUUUGGAUGAAGCCGUACAGUUCGUACGUUCGUUAGCCCACGGUUUAUCGUAUCUUCACACAGAGAUUCCUGGAAUAACAAGUAAGUUAACCAAGCGAACUUUAUGAACAAUUAUGCUUGAACAUUAGCUGAAAAGUACAAUUUUUACGUAAAAUCUGUUUGCCGUACUUUAAUAAACCUAAGUUUAUAUUGUUUCAAAAAUUUAGAUCAACAUUAUUUUUACUUUGUGUUUUCAGACAAACCAGCUAUCGCUCAUCGAGAUAUCAAGUCUCGGAACAUUCUAGUCAAGAAUGACAUGACGUUGGUAAUAGCAGACCUGGGGUUGGCUGUCCGAAAUCUACCCCAAAGUAUCGACAACCCAGACCCAUCUCGCGGCGGAACGGUCAGAUACCUGGCUCCAGAAUACUUGAGCGGUCGAAUCAUGAAGAAUGUAUUCAAAUCAUACAUCAAUGCGGACAUGUACUCGUUUGCACUGGUCGUUUGGGAGAUAACCAGGCGUGCUCGAGUGGUACACAACCAAGACCCACAUGCAUAUCAGAUACCCUACCAGGAGUUUGUGCCUCGAGAACCGACCACAGAAGAGAUGAGGGACUGUGUGUGUAGGGAAAGGAAUCGACCGACAAUUCUCCCAGAGUGGCAGACCAAUCCGGUAAGAUUUUUAAACCUUUUGCAUAUAUUUGCUGUUAUCUUGUUGUUGAACGAUGAAUAGAAUCGAAACUCGAGUUCUCCUCAACCAAAACAAGGAAAAACAUUGAUUUCGUGUUGUUUAUCUGACUUUAUCUUUGCAGAUCUCCAAAGAACUCCAGCGAAUCAUGGUGGAAACCUGGACUGAGCAGUCAAAUUCGCGGCUGACCGCGCUCAACGUUAGAAACACGCUAGAUAAGUUAUGCGAGCAAGAAAACUUGACGAUCAUGACGUGA